GGCUUUCGACCAUCCACAAACCCUUAAAAAUGGGGCGCAUCAAAGGCUCGCCAUUUGCACACAAUUCCCCCAAUAACACAAAAACAGCCCAAACCCAGAAACCUACUGCGCCUUUCUCUCUCACGGUCUCUCAUCUACUCAUUUCAUUUCCUUCUCCUGUAAAGAAGAAGCUCUUGCUUGUUGCUUGGCUUUGGAUUUCAAGGGGUUUGUAUAUCCUGGUGCAUUUUUAUUUGAAGCAUGGAAGGAAUCGUGGUUAGAAGGGUAAUUCCCUCAGAUAACAGUUGCCUUUUCAACGCGGUUGGAUAUGUUAUGGAUCGUGACAGAAACAAAGCUCCUGAGUUGAGACAGGUCAUAGCUGCAACUGUGGCCAGUGAUCCAGAGAAGUAUAAUGAAGCAUUUCUUGGAAAGCCAAACGCGGAGUAUUGUGCUUGGAUUCUUGACUCAGAGAAGUGGGGAGGUGCCAUUGAGCUUUCAAUAUUAGCAGAUUAUUAUGGACGUGAAAUUGCUGCAUAUGAUAUCCAAACAGCAAGGUGUGAUUUGUAUGGUCAGGACAGCAAGUAUCCUGAGAGGGUGAUGCUGAUUUAUGAUGGACUUCAUUAUGAUGCUUUGGCUGUAUCACCAUCUGAGGGAGCUCCAGAGGAAUUUGAUCAGACCAUAUUUGUUGUGCAAAAGGAUAGAACAAUUGGACCUGCUGAGGGGCUUGCUCUUAAUCUUGUCAAAGAGCAACAAAGGAAAAGAAGUUAUACAGACACUGCCAACUUCACUUUGCGCUGUGGGGUAUGCCAAAUUGGUGUAGUUGGUCAGAAGGAGGCUGUUGAACAUGCACAAGCUACCGGCCAUGUGAACUUCCAAGAAUAUAGAUGAUAAAAAUUGCGAGGACCGAAAGUUUAUUUUGGUGGGCUCAUUUGGUGAUUGUACCAUUCAGUCAAUAAAUUUUUGGAUUCUGAAAUGGUUAUGAUAUGCACUCUGAGACACUGUUUAUAUUGGUGUGCAUCAAGCAGACGCAAAUUUGAUGUUUCCAUUACUGACUGGAGCGAAGAAACAAUUCAUGUCUUGCACUGGUAGAUGUGUUUUCGGCCUAUGCUUUGAAAAGGCUGUGCAUGUGAAAGAGGAAUCAUGGUUAACGAUAUCUUUCAAAUUUAUAAUUAAUAUUUUUUUAAAAACAAUUUCCUUAUUUGGAAGGGGAAUUAUUUAGGAGGGUAUGGUUUUUGGAGGUGUUUUAAAAUAAUUUCAGUUGGACUCGGUAGCUCUGAUGUGCGGCAAGGGGGAGCGAGUGAACUCGGUUCCCUCUGCCCGAUAUUAUAAGAUUUCUUUCUAUUCCCAGGCCCAA